AUGCAGCAGCAAUCUAAUUUGGAAAUCCCUUCGUUCGCAAUCUCUCAUAUUUCAGAAUAUUUUCAAUUUAAUUGUGAAAAAUUAUUACGAAAAAUCGGGAAUAAAAACUAUGAACCAAAAAAAAAUAAAGAAGCAAAUUAUGAAAGAAAAGUUAAUAAAAAACAAAACCUAGAUCACUCAACAUUAAAGGAAGCCUCACAAAAUAGAGGCAUAAAGUUUGAAACAAAAGUUCGCAACGAGUUAAAAAAUGUGACCGAUUACAAAAACAAAUACAAAUCCCCUGCUGAAGCGCGAAAAAUUUUAAUAGAUGCUCAAGCAGGUCAAUUUUUAUAUCAACUAAAAUUCGAGAUACCAGACGAUUUAUAUGAUAAAUUAAGAAUCAAGAAUAUUAUUAAGCUAAGUCCCUUUGUUCCUGACUUCAUUCAAGUCGUCGAGGAAGGCGGUGAAAAGCAAUUAAUGAUAUGGGAUGCUAAAGCAGCAAAAAAAAUACGCUAUUCUCAUAAGUUCCAAGUUGCGUCAUACGCUUAUCUUUUAGAUCAUAUAACCAAAUAUAUUCCUGGAAUUUCGAUUUCUCGAAUGUGUGGAAUAUUUUUACCGUCAACCGACGGCAUAAAAAGCAUAAAAAAAACUUUUUCUAUAGAUUUCAUGCUUCCUAGAGUUGACCGAUUUUUAAGUGAAAAACUUCCACGAAUAGUAUCAGCUUCAGAAGUUCCAUGGCAUUAUAAUCAUAGUUGUAAAACUUGUGAAUUCGUAAAAGAUUGUCGUGAAGAUGCAAAAGGGACAAUCGCAAUGAUCCCAUAUUUAUCCGCGGAUGAUGCGUCAUAUUUGAAACUAACUGUUCAGAAAAAUAAACUACCAAAUAAAAAUGAAGUUGAUAUUGAAGAUUUGGCUAAUUACGUAAACAAUUGUCAAGUUGAUAGAAAAGUAAAACAAAUUAUUAGAUAUGAUGAGAAACGUAAAAAAUCACCGUAUCUUGAAUAUAAACCAGAAAAUGCCCAGUUUAUCGGUUGGGCUAUACAACUUUGUACUGAUUCUGGAAAAAUCAUAAAAAAGUUUUCUAAUUUGAAAUCUGAAAAAGACGAAACUCUAUCGUCAUUUAUUUCAUUGAUGAGUAGUUUUGUCACACAUUUAGAAAAAGUAUUCAAAUAUUUAUGUCGGAAAAAAUCUCGAGCAUGUAUAUUUGUUUAUUCUGAGCAGGAAAAAAUUCUAAUUCAAGACUCAUUGCUUAGACUAAUAACAUUGGAUCCUGAUAAAAUUUCUAAAGUCAUUCAGCAUAAAGCAAUGCAAUGUCUCCUUAAUCUUUUUGAGGAUUGUUCACUUUUGUUGGCCAUUAAAAAUGAUGAUAACGAAAAUUCAAAAAUUCCCGAUGGAUGGAGAGAGUUUCCUAGACUAAUCGUUCUGGAACACUCUUUGAGAGAAAAUGUUGCAAUAAAUGUUCCAGGUUUUUAUCUAAUUACUGACGUUUGGGAACAAAUGGUGAAACCUAAAUAUAGUAAUUUGGAGGAGAUAAAAAAUCUUGACCCUGAUGCUAUACAAUCUAUCGAUCUCGAAUAUAUAUAUGCAACAUGGGAAUCCGUGGAUAAAAAAAAGGUUAAUUUGCGUCUUAAAGGUAGAUGCUAUUUUUUUAAUAUUGCUUAUUACGACCUCCUUAAGGAAUUUACAAAUGAAAUAGAAUCAAUAUUAAUCUUUUACCCUCAAAAUUCCCGAAAGAGAGCAGACCGAUUAAAAGAUUUUAUUCAGGGUGAAGUUACAUGUGGAAUUCUCUUAAAAUUUGAUAAUAUUGUCGAAAAGAAUUAUUAUAAUGAAGAAGUGACAGCUCAGUUCAUCAUUGUCUGCGAUGAAAAAUCUCACAAACUCGAAAAAAGUAGUUUCACAGACUUCAUUUUGACUGAAGAUUCUGAGGAGGGAACUUGUGAGGCAAUUUGCUUUUCUGAUAUGGAAUAUAAAAAUAAGUUCUCUGACUGUCCGUUGCCAGUUCUUGCUCUCAUAAAAGUAGAUAAUAACUCCAAAGGCAUUACUAUCCAUUUAAAAGGGAAAUUCCAAAAGAAUGUAAAUGGUGAUCCAAAAGAGUUUAAGCUUCGAAAAGAUGCCAAGUAUCGUCUAUAUAAAAGAUAUUUAGAUUUUAAUACGGAUAAGAUUCUAAAAAUGCUUAUUGAUAUUUAUAAACAAGAAAACUCUUUAUUCCUGGACAUCUUAAAAGAUCCAAAUGCAUGGAGUUUUUCACUUCCAGAGAUACCAAAGAGUAAAUGCGAUUCCUUCUCUAUGUCUUCAUCACAAAAAACAAUUCCAGAAGCUUUGUUAGAAAAAAGGCUACAAAUUGUCUGGGGUCCACCUGGAUCUGGAAAAACUCAUUUCCUUGCGACUAAAGUAAUACCUUGGCUUGUAGAAAAAAAAGAAAAUACUAUUAUUGGAAUCACGGCUAAUACCAACACCGCUAUAGAUAACCUGUUAAAACGUAUUGGUGUACAAAAGCAAAAGCAUAAUAAAAUGAAUGAUUUUUUAUUGCUUCGAAUGAAUACAAGCUCCUCUAGAUCCUCUAACUCUAAUGACAUAAAAUUUUAUAAGCCUGAAGAACUAGGAGAGAUAAUCAAAUAUGCGGGUAAACCUAUCGUUGUCGGAGGUACAAUAUGGGUUUGGCAUAAAAUUCAUAAGAAUAAAUACUGUGAUAUUAUGAUUAUAGAUGAAGGAUCGCAGCUUCUGGUUUCGGACGCUUGCGUCGCUCUGGAAUGCUUGAAUCAAGCCAAUGGGAAGUUAAUUAUUGCUGGUGAUCACAUGCAACUUGGACCCAUCAUUAAAAACACAUAUCCUGCUUUUUCAGAUGAUCACCCACUUAUUUUUGGGUCUAUUCAACAGUGCUUGAUGAGAAAAAAUUGUAACCUCAACAGUUUUUUUAAAAAAAUAUAUGGUGAUGACUACGAAUCAGUAAGAACUUCGGAGUGGGAUUUUAAAAAUGAUAAUAUAAAAAAUCCUGUUAUCAAGCAGAUAUUGUCUCCUGGAAGAGUAAUGACUUUAGUAAAGUUAAAUAAUCACGAUAGUCGCGAAAAAUCAGAAUUAUUAGAAGCGGAUGUUGUUGCUGAAAUAGUAUCAGCAUAUUUUGAUGCAAAUAAGUCAAGUCAAUCAUCAUUGUUUAUUGUUACACCACAACAUAGUCAACGACUUGCUAUCCAAUCUCGAGUUGGAAAAUAUUUAUCUAAUAAUAAUUUAAAAAUAGACACCGUUGACAAAAUGCAAGGACAAGAAGCAGACCUUGUUAUUGCGUGUUUCGGAUUUCAUGAUAACAAUGAAAUCGCUCGAAAAUCCAAUUUUCUAUUCGAUCCAAAUCGUUGGAACAACGUGGCUAUUAGUCGAGCAAG